CAUGCGUGUGAUCGAGUAAUACGAAGCCUACUUUUGGUGGAGUCGUGUGUUGCUAGUCCCAAGAUGUCUGCAGGAAGAACAGUAAUAACACCCACUGUGCCCAAAGACAGAGUCAUCAGUAAAUUUCCACAGGCAUUCCAUGCUGAUGCCUCGCCAUACCAAAAAUUAAACUUCCACCCCAAAGUGAAAUCAGCCUGUUCUGAGCAUAGAACUGGAACCGUUGGCCUGAAGAUCUGUAAAGCAGUUCUAGUUGGUGAUGUAGCUGUGGGGAAAACCUCGUUUGUCAACAGGUUUUGUCAUGACAUAUUUGACCGUGACUACAAGGCCACUAUAGGGGUUGACUUUGAGGUGGAGAAAUUCAGUAUUCUGGGUAUUCCCUUUACUCUACAAAUCUGGGACACAGCGGGACAAGAAAGAUUUAAGUGCAUUGCUGCAUCAUACUACAGAGGAGCAAAUGUUGUGAUGGUCGUAUUUGACCUGACAGAUGAAGUCUCCCUGGCUAAUGCCUCUCGGUGGAUGGAGAGUGCUACGGAGAAUGCCACCAACCCUGUGCGAUUCCUUGUCGGCACCAAGAGAGACCUGCUGUCAGAAGCUGCCUACACCGAGGUGGAGUCACAUGCUGUUAAAGUGGCAAAUGAACUGGAGGCAGAGUUUUGGGGUGUUUCUUCUAAGACAGGUGAUAAUGUUGUCAAUUUCUUCUUCCGUGCGGCGGCCUUGACCUUUGAUGCUGCAGUUUUACGUGAAGUAGAAUCGGGGCCCUCUCAUCCCAGACAGAUAGGAAAUGACCUUGUCAAGGUGCAGAAGCAAGAAUCUCAGGAUCUGUAUGACAGGGGUUCAAAGAAGAGUUUGAAGUGUUGUAAUUAAGGCAUCAGUGGUUACCAUAGAAACGGUGUGAGAAGAUGAUUCCGUAGUUCCCAUUUCUCAUUAUUCACUCCUCUGUUUGAUCCAGCUGGGUCCAUUGUCCAAUUUUUAACUGAGUGAAAUCUUUAAAACAUUUAUUAUCUUCACAAAAAUCAAUGUCUUUAAAUGGAAAAGCGUGCAGUAUACAGUUUUCUACCUGUAUAAGAAAACAAAUGGUCAACAUGAAACUUUGAAAACUUCUGUUUAAAUGAGAGUCCUCAGAAUUAGAUAUAGCAGAGAAUAGCAUCUUAGACUGUCUGCUGGUGGGCGUUUUCUACAAACCUGUUUGGCUCUUGACAUCGUACUUGGCAGGUUUAGUACUGUUAGCAGAAUUAAUAAUUCUUGUGAUAAUAAACACAUGUACCGGUACAUAUUUUUGAGGAAAUAGGAAAAAGUCAUGUGGUAGUCCGUGCCCAGCACCGUUUGCAUCAGAAAGCCCACCUUAAAACUCACUUAUAUGAUUGUAGUUAACUCAGUUGAAGAAGUGUCCGAAGAAAAUGUGACAAUGUUAUAUGUCAGCUGAUUCAGUGAUAUAUGUAUGUCUCAUGACCAUUACUACAUUUUCAGCCCUCUUCCACUAUAAAGGGGUACAUAAUCAACGCUGAGUGGCUGACAGUGGACUAAGGUUAGGCAUAGCCUGGACUUGCCCAUCUCUCACUUUAGUCAAUUAGAAUCGAUUCUUUAUGCCUUCAGUAUAAUGUGACGUGAUAUGUUGCCCAGCAGCUGAGUUUGUCUUCAGUUAGUUUCUGAUAUUUUAAACUGAAUGAUGUUGACAUAUCAGUCUAUUGUUUCGUGUAUGUCAGUUCAUGUACACGCUGUCUGCUGUCUUAUAUGAUAUGUGUAUACUUACAGUUGUAAUGGAAUAUUUGAAACUUUCUUUUAACACGAUGUGAUAUUACAUAGUAUGUUUUAAAGCAGAAUGAGGUAAGUCAUUACAUACCUUGUGAUGGUAUGCCCAGUAUACAUUUGCAUAAUCAGAUGCUACAGUACUAUUAUACUUUACAUGUAGUUCAAAUGUGGAAGAAAAAGGUUUUGUUUAGCAUGUUUAAAUUUGUAUAUCUGGGGGGAAAUGUGUUCAUUCAGGCAUUGUAAAAUAUCUAUAUUUACAAGGGCCUGCGGCAGUGGAAUUACUGGCUUGCCGACCUACAUUGUGUUCAGUUCUUGUAGCUGUUACCUGAAGGCCUGAAAAUAGUGAUCAGUAUUCUCUUACUGUGUGUGGAACUCAUUAUUGCACUAGCAUGUCAGUAUACAUAAAUAUUGUGUUAUGUGUUUAAAUGACUGAGAAUUUCAAACUGCCACUUAAGUACACACGUGACCAAGAAUAGUGAAUACUGAUACAAAUGGGUUAGUGAUACGUCCAAAACUAGUUACAUGUUCUCAGUCCUUUUGUGAUGUUAUUGUGAAUGGAAUGAAGGGUAAUGUCAGUUGUGAGACUAGACAUUGGCCAUGUGGUAUCCAGCCUGCAUGAACGCUGCUGAGUGGACGUCUACAUCAUAUAUUCCAGUGCUUUCUCAUAUUUGUGCAUACACUAAGCUUUGUGAUACUCUAAUUCCUCAACCUUUUCACAUAUGUAUAAGCAAAGGUCAGUGCAAUUUAUGCACAUUUAUAAUCGAGACAAAACUACAUUGGUUGGAUUGGCCAAUAUCAGAGUUAGCAAAAAGGAUAAUUUUAUCAAUCUGCACAGAAUAAUGCCUUCAAAAUAUGCUUAAAUAAACACCUUGCAAACAUGCGAAAAGCUUGAAGAAUUACAGGAAGGUUGAAUAAAGACAAUGAGGAAAUCGUUUAAUGCUGAGGGUGGCAUUUUUUUUUGAAAAUGCAGAUUUAAAGUAAUCUAUUGAAGUAAAAAUACAGAAGGUUCAGUUUGAAUAGCUUAUAAAACAAAACUUCAUGCGGAGUCUGUGGUAUAAAGUUUAGCAUAGGCGUAGAGAGUUUGAGGAGUAUAAUUGGCAUUUUGUGUCACUAUGUCAUGGAGUUACAUGCUAAGGUUGGCAUUCUUCUGGUAUUAUAGGCCAGGGUAAAGAAGUGAAUCUGUGUUUUCCUGAAACUUAAUAUUACAUAAUACAUAUAUGUAUAUAGCAUUAAAACUGUACACUUUGCCUUUUGAAAUUUAGGGUAUAGUGCCUCAGUGCACUAUAGUAAAGUAAGUGCGCAUGAAGUCAAACAUGUCUCCCAGAAGGUGCUGCUUAUUUUUUCUUUUUAAAUUCGGUAAUUUCUGCCAUUAUCUGUCUAUACGAAGAAGAAAUGCCAUAAGAGAAAAAUAUGUGAUGUGCCACAAACUACCGUCCUCGAGGACGUCUCAGUUUUAUGUGUUUUAUCGUCAGUAGUGUUUACAAUAUUAUAACUUUCUUGUGGGAAUUUUUCUGUCUUACACAAAGAUUUACGAGUAUAUUUACCAUCUGAGCAUUACAUGUAUAUACAUUCACGAGGUUGUGUUGAGCUGUGUAGAACUCUGUCCUGAUCUACUCACAUUCUCCUAUACUCCACUAGGUGGCAAAAACCUUACAGGAGAAAGCGGACAUACUAAAUACACUGCAUGUGAUGUGUUAAAUUUCUUAUCCUCCAUAAUUACCUUUCCUGUGAUGUUUCCAGACUUAUUUUGAAUCUAUUUUUGUUCUCUCUCUUUUUUUAAUGUUAUAUCCUUUAAAAUCUCAUUUUCAUUUAUUAACUAGGUUACGUCCAUCAAUGAAUUUUUUUUACGAUGGUCUUAAUGUUCUGUCCAGGCAUUAUUUGUAAUGCAGUGCACACUCCAUCUUUAUUAUCCUUGAGGAUUACCUUUCCUGUGAUGCUACCAGCCUUAUUUUGAAUCUCCAGUUCAAUAUUUUAUUUUUGAACACCAAGGUGAUAAGUUUUUGAUUGAGCAUUUUCAUUGUGAAGUGCACUGAUUAUGUUUACAGAUUACUUUAGUGUCACCUGGCACCUGGGUUUUAUUUUGUAUAAAAUGUACUGAUAAAAAUGGCACUAAAGUAUUUUUACAGGGAUUUUUAUUCAUUUCCGGAUGUUAUUUCCUUUAAAAUUUUAUUUAAAAAAAUGAAAGAAUUUUCUGCCGACCCAAUCGAUAUUCAGUGAUAGGUUUCAGGUUUCUCCCACCAAAGAAUAGGUUUCAGGUUUCUCCCACCAAAGAAUAGGUUUCAGGUUUCUCCCAGCAAAGAAUUUUUCACGGAAGGCCUUAAUAUUCUGUCUUAGCAUUAUAUAUAGACCAAACUCCUUACGGCGCAUGCUAUGCUCCCUAACAUUAGCUGUACAUCAGUGCCACCCCUUGCAUAUUUUGUACAGAAAUCUUGAACAACACUGAGGUCACUGUGUUCAUGGUGAUGAGACAGGAAGUGAUGUCAGAAAACAGAAAAAUUCCUGUCUCAGCCUGUAUUUCUAAUAAUACUUCAUACACGUGUGUUCUGUGUAACUAAAAUAUCCAUGACAUGAUUCCAACCAAUACCUGAAACAAUUUAAUUGGCGUAUGUUAAUAAAGUAGUUUUGUGCGACGACACCAGUGCUGAGGUUAAGCCCAAAAGCCUACGUGCGUCGCUCAGGCCCCAGAGGUCAAGCUUGUCUAGUGGUGGCAGUGAUGUAAAGCAAUCGGAGAGAAAUGAACAUACACUGUAAGGAGUAUGUUUAUAGACUUGUCACAUAACAUAUCGAUUUGAAGCUACAGACAAAACAAUAAGUUUGUUCUCAUAAGUUUGAUGGGCAAAAUAUAAAGGCCACGUUCCCAAUUAGUGAAAAGGUUUAUAAGACUACAUAGUUUUACAAAAAAAUUUACACUCAAAUUGUGAGAAGUUUGUGCUGGCAUGUCUCUACUUGGGGCAUUGUAUCUCUCCUCGGGCAUUUUGUUUCUGCCAGGAGCACUUUGUCUCAGCUUAAAGCAU